GUAGACACGUGUGUUUUAAGUUUGCAGCAUGGCUUCAUUGGCUAAGAAAAGGGCAGUAGGUUUUGGUGAAAAACCCGAGGAAAGUGACAACAGCUCCGAUGAGAAUCCAGAGGAUGAAGACGAUUCCGGAGAAGAGGACAGUGAGGCGUCAGAUGAGGAAAUUAAUGAGGAGGUCGUUGUAGACUUUGAAGCUCACACCAUCUCAGACAAUGACUUCAACGGCAUAAAGAAGCUGCUGCAGCAGCUUUUCUUAAAAGCUCAUGUGAAUACAUCAGAGAUGACAGACAUCAUCAUCCAACAAAAUCAUGUUGGAAGUGUCGUCAAGCAAGCUGAGGUGCCCGAAGACAGCGACGAUGAUGACGACCCAGAUGAAGUGUUUGGCUUCAUCACCAUGCUCAACCUCACAGAGAGAAAGGGUGUACAAUGUGUGGAGGAGGUGAAGGAGCUGAUUGUGGAUCAGUGUGAGAAGAAUGCUUCUCAUAUUGUGACAGAACAGCUGGAGAAGAUCUUUAAUGAUAACAGCAAGCCUGUGGGGCUGCUGCUAAGUGAGCGCUUCAUCAAUGUUCCUCCACAGAUUGCCCUUCCACUGCACAAACAGCUCCAGGAAGAAAUCGCUGAAGCUCAGAGGACAAAUAAGCCCAGUGGUAGGUGCCACUACUGCCUGAUUAUCAGCAAGACCUGUAGAGAAGAGACCAAGAGCAUCCCAGCCACAGGAGGAGCUCCCAAAGAGGAAUACAUGUUUGUCAAUGCAGAGGAGGAAUUCUUUUAUGAGCAAGCCAUCUUGAAGUUCCACUACACAGUCCAAGAAGAGGCAGACUCCUGUUUAAGUGGGAGGUGGUCAUUUACGGACGUGCCCAUGAAGCCUUUCAGGACUGUGAUGCUGGUACCCACAGACAGAAUGCCUGCCAUCAUGGAGAAACUCAAAGAAUAUCUAUCAGUGUGACCUUCACAAUAAACCAAGACACCUAUGGACACAGUGACAGCUUUCAAGCUUCUGAAAAACAUUCAAUAUAUUCAAUUUUUGUACAGUUGGCUUUAGGGAUGCGUGUAUUCAUAUUUAGAAUAUGUAGGGCGAUAGUUUACCCGUUUUUAGAAAUUUUAAAGACAGUUUGUACAAAUUGUAAAGACAUAGGGAAUAAUCACAUACUUGAAUACUGGAAGAAACUACAUGCAACUGCGUAUCAAAGGGUGUUUAUAGGAAGACUUCAAAAUGAGAUGAGCUUGGUGUUAAGUUGUAAACAGAAGAAUGGGAGUAAUGGCUACAGAGCAAAUGAGUGGUUUUUAACACUCAGCUACACGUUUCAUCCCUUCAAGAGCAGACUUUUCUUGAUGUACAUUCUAAGAUAAAUGGGCAAAGCACAGUUAUUCUGAGCAAGUUGUUUCAUACGUAUUUCAGCUUUAAAAUCAGAUCCUUGGAUGUGAAGGUAUAUCAAAUGACAGUGCGCAUAAAGUCCACACCUAAGCAGUGUUGCGGAAAACCCCCUCACUCAUUGUUUUUAGAUCACAACUAUUAAACUGCAAACUUUUCUAUAUUUACAACACAGACAUCUUUGCCUUCUCAGCACUGUAAGCACAUUGGGUAGUACACAUGAGUAAUUUAAUGUAAUAAAUUAAGCUUUACUGUAUUAAUUACACAAAUGUCUUACAAGCAUUCAUGCAUUUGCAGUCUAAAUUUGUGAUUUUCAGUUUACUGAAUCAUACAUCUGUCAUAGGUCUGUGUCACUGCUGCACAGCCACUGUUUACGUCACCACUUAUUGUUGCAGCUUCCUGUUUCUUUUCUUUGCGGUUUUUGGAUCCCUGUGGGUCCAACAUGUCUUGCAGUAUAUCUUUGCUUUCGCUAGGGGGCAGAUUGUAGAAGAAGUACAGUGGUGCAAUUUCAAUGAACCUAAAAGAGAAAUUUGAAAACCAAUAUUAAAUGUAAAACAUUUGCGUCAACACAAGAUAUUGUGUAGAUGAAGAGAUUAAAAAUAUUCAAAUUAAAAUGA